AUGUGUAAUUCAAUCGCCGUCGCCACCCUGUCCGUCGCCGAGAAACAGGCGGAUUCCCUGCUAAAAACCGCCAUUGCCGUCCAACCCAUCUGCUCACUUCCCAAGAAGACCACUCUCCAUUCCCCAAAUCCAAGCCCGCCUCAAGCAAUCGACGAGAAAUACGGCGGCCAUUGCUACACACCUCCUUCCCUCGCCGAUUUCAUCACGGAAGCGAAAGCUCUGUUCAGCCUCGCCUUCCCAAUCGCACUCACGGCCCUCAUCCUCUACUCCCGCUCCAUCCUCUCCAUGCUCUUCCUCGGCCACCUCGGCGACCUGGAGCUCGCCGCCGGCUCCCUCGCCAUCGCCUUCGCCAACAUCACGGGUUACUCUGUUCUCUCCGGCCUCUCCUUGGGCAUGGACCCACUCUGUUCCCAAGCCUUCGGUGCCAAACAGCCAAAACUCCUCUCCCUAACCCUCCACCGCUCCGUGAUUUUCCUCCUCUUUUGCUGCAUACCCAUCUCCUUCCUCUGGAUCAACGUCGCCCAGAUCCUCCAAUUCCUCCGGCAGGAUCCACAAAUCGCCGGAUUAGCCCGAACCUACCUCCUCUGUUCUUUACCUGAACUUCUCACCAAUUCAUUCAUCCACCCAAUCCGAAUUUACCUCCGAUCCCAAGGAAUCACCCGCCCGCUCACCUUAUCCUCCUUCUCCGCCGCCAUCCUCCACUUGCCCCUCAACUUCCUCCUCGUCAAUCGGCUGAAAUUCGGGGUAGCCGGGGUCGCCGCCGCCUCCGCCGCGUCCAAUUUCAUCUUCCUCCUCUCUCUGGUCUCCUACGUCUGGGCGUACGGCCUCCACGAGCCGACCUGGACCAAACCGAAUCUGACCGACUGCUUCUCCGGUUGGAAGCCGCUGGUCCGGCUCGCCGGACCGAGCUGCGUCUCCGUCUGUUUGGAGUGGUGGUGGUACGAGAUCAUGAUUGUUUUGUGCGGGCUGCUCUCAUCGCCGCAGGCCACGGUGGCGUCGAUGGGGAUCCUGAUCCAAACGACGUCGUUGAUCUACGUCUUCCCCAGCUCGCUCAGCUUCGCGGUGUCGACCCGGGUCGGAAACGAGCUCGGGGCGGGCCGGCCCAACGGGGCGAAGCUAUCGGCCGGCGUGGCGGUCCUGAUCGCGUCCGUGAUGGGCCUAACGGCCUCGACGUUCGCGUCGGGGAUGAGGUGGCGGUGGGGCCGGAUGUUCACGGCCGACGCGGAGAUCCUACGGCUGACAUCGGCCGCGCUGCCGAUCCUGGGGCUGUGCGAGCUCGGCAACUGCCCGCAGACCGUCGGGUGUGGGGUCCUCAGGGGCAGCGCCCGGCCCGCCAGCGCGGCCAACGUGAACCUCGGCGCGUUCUACCUCGUGGGCCUGCCCGUGGCGGUUGGGCUCGCGUUCUGGGCCGGGGUCGGGUUCUGCGGGCUAUGGAUCGGGCUCCUCUCCGCCCAGAUCUGCUGCGCUGGCCUGAUGCUGUAUGUCGUCGGGAAUACUGACUGGUGUUUCCAGGCCAGGCGGGCCCAGUCGCUAACCUGCGCCGGGGGUGGUACCGUUGUUGCUGCGGAUUAUGAAGAUGAUGGACAGCCAUUGAUGACCCAACAAAGAGUGUAG